AUGAAGUUCAAUCCUUUUGUGACUUCUGACCGAAGCAAGAACCACAAAAGACAUUUCAAUGCCCCUUCACACAUUCACAGAAAGAUUAUGUCCUCCCCUCUUUCCAAAGAGCUGAGACAGAAGUACAAUGUUCAAUCUAUGCCCAUCCUAAAGGAUGACAAAGUUCAGAUUGUGCAAGGACACUGUAAAGGUCAGCAGAUUGGCAAAGUGGUCCAGGUUUACAGGAAGAAAUAUGUCAUCUAUAUUGAAUGGGUGCAGCGGGAAAAGGCUAAUGGCACAAUUGUCCAUGUGGACAUUCACCCUAACAAGGUGGUUAUCACCAGGCUAACACUGACAGACUGCAAAAAGAUCCUGGAACAGAAGGCCAAGUCUUGCCAAGUAUGA